CAAAUUACAUUUUAAUCAUUAAAGUUUUGUUUCCAUCAUUUAUAUCAUUUAUAUCAAAAAUUUAAAAUUUGGAUGAAAACCAAUAUUCUAAAUGGGUAAAAUAAAAUAAAUUUUUAAAAACAAUCUAUCAUGAAUACCAUUGUAUAAAUAACCUUAUUCUUAUUUCAAUAGGGUACGAAUAAGAAAUAAAUGGAAACUAAUAUUGGCAACAACGAAAUAUCACAAAUUUUAUAACAUAAGAAUCUUUUUAAAUUGCUUGAUUUGUAUUUUAUAUAUGUUUUAUAUAAGUGACACUGCUGAUGAAAGUGACAUAACAGUUGUAACAAAUAUUAGAAUGCUUAGAGUUUAGAGCAUCCUACAGGUUGCAGUAAUCAAUAGAUUGUUGUCUUAUUUAAUUUCUAUAAAGAUUUUUAUUAGUAACUCAAAAAUAUAUGUCAAUUAUACAUUAUACUGAAAAUAUGAAAAAAAAUUUAUUUGUCUUGAUAAUCGUGGUUUUCUUUAUUACGGAUUUGUUACAUGCUGAAGAUAUAGAUUUUGGAACUGUCGUUUUUGCAAAUGUUUUAUAUAGACAUGGAGAUAGAACACCUAUAAGAACGUAUCCAAAUGAUCCUUAUAAUAACGAAAGUACAUGGCCAGUUCCAUAUGGCCAAUUAACAAAUAUUGGAAAAAAUCAACACCUACUACUUGGUCGUUGGAUACGCAAACGCUAUUCACAUCUACUAAGUGAUUUAUAUUCCCCGUAUGAUAUUUACAUUCAAAGUACAGAUGUAGACCGUACCUUGAUGUCAGCAGAAUCACAACUUGCUGGACUAUAUCCUCCAGUUGGUAAACAAAUAUGGAAUAAUAUUAAAUGGAUGCCUAUUCCAGUGCAUACUAUUCCUGAAGACAAGGAUAAUAUUUUGGCUGCUAAAAAAUAUUGUCCUAGAUAUGAUUAUGAACUAGAAAAAAUCCUUAAUUCUCCAGAAAUUCAAAAAAUAAAUAAAGAAAAUGAAAAAUUGUAUGCAUAUCUUACAGAAAAAACAGGAAAUAAGAUUUCAUCUCUAAGAUCUGUUGAACAACUUUAUGAUAUACUAUUUAUCGAGAAUCUUUAUAAUAAAACAUUGCCAGAAUGGACAAAGUCGGUAUAUCCAGAUAAACUUAAAUUCAUUGCUAUAAAAAGUUUUACAACUAGUGCGUACAAUAAAAUACUUCAAAGAUUAAAAUCUGGAUCCUUACUUGGAGAAAUGAUAGACCAUAUGGAAAAAAAAUCGAAAAAUGCUUUAGUACCUGAUAGAAAGGUAUGGAUGUAUAGCGCUCAUGAUGAAACUAUAGCCAACAUGUUAAUGACAUUAAAUGUUUUUGAACCACAUUGUCCUCCAUAUACUGCUACAAUUUUGAUAGAAUUAAGAAUAAAUUUAAAAGAUCAGUAUUUUGUAACGAUAUCAUAUAAAAAUACUAGCAUAGAGGCACAAUUCCUAACACUUCCUGGUUGUAUUACAAUGUGUCCCUUAAAUCAAUUUAUUACACUAACAAAAGAUGUUAUACCUAUAAAUUGGGAAAAAGAAUGUGUUAUUGGAUGGGAACAACUUAGACGUAAUAUGAAUACAACAGCUAUUAUUGCAAUACUGACAUCUUCUAUAUUGAUAUUAGUUUUAUUAGUUUUAUCUAUAAUUGGCUUUAUUUAUUGGCAUUAUAAACGAGAACAUAAUCAGUAUUAUUUUCGAUUAACGACGGAUCCUAUAUAAUUGGAUGUAAUAUAUGAAAAAAUGAUACAUUGCUUUCAUUAUGAUACUCAACGACUUCGUAAUUAAAUAAUAUGCAGAACUAAGAUAAAUAAUAAAUUGAUAUUUGAAAAAUCAAAUGUAAAAACAUACAUUAAGGAAUUGUCGAUAAAGGAAAGUAAAUCUGACGCAACAACAUGUUUACAUAAAACAUUGGAAAACAAUGUUACAUAUUUUAUGAUGUUUGUACUUUUUUAUUGGUGAUCAAAUAUUUCAAUUCAUAAUUCAAUGCAAACAUAAUCGUUUGCAGAAUUUGAUCGAUAAGAAAAAUUAUAUACUAUUUAUAUAUAUGAAUUGUUGAGGACAAAAGAUGUUAUUAAUAAGUUUUAAUAGUUUGAUAAAAGAGUGUAAGAAUGGUGUAUUACUUAAAUUGAUUUUUACGUGAUGUGAACAAAAAAAUAAUCUGUGAUGAUUAUAAAUAGAUUGUAAAUUAAUUCGGCAAAAAUUGAUAUUAAAAAUACUGUUUAUGACGAUAAAAAAAAUAAUAAAUUUUAAAUCAUCGGUAAAUUGAAUUUAAAAUAUAGACAUAACAUUUAUCUACAAUACCUCAGAAAAUAUCUAGUCAUACUCUAUGUUACAAUUAAAACAUAAGCAGCAGAAAUAUAUUUAAAUACUUUAUAAUGUAAUAUCUAUAUGCGGCUAUGUUUGUUAUUGAGAGAAAGUAAAGAAAACAAUAUUUAAUGUAAAACAGAAAAAUUUUACUUAAUCAUAAUUCAAGAAUAUUUUUCUUUUUCUUAAACUGAAUUUUAUCGCUAUAUUUUAUCUUUCGAUAUUGAUAGCGAGUAAUAAAUAGCGA